GAUCACAUGACUGAGCCGGCCAAUGGCACGCCAAGGAGCGGCCGGAGGAGGGGGGUGGUGGAACUGCAGACGGAGAUGCUCCACUUGGACCUAAUUGAUGCAGAGGGAGGAAUCCAGGAAGAAGAGGAGGAAGAGGAGAACGACAGGCCGCUAGAUCCUGUGGAUGACAACCACAAAGAGGAACAGGGAGCUGGGCUGCCUGUCAUCCAGCCAAAGCUGAAGGAUUUCAUCCCUCCUGUCGCCAUGGAUACUUACCGGCCCAAGAGACCCACCACCUUGAACCUUUUCCCCCAAGUGCCAAGGACUCAGGACACGAUAAAUAACAAUUCAUUUGGUGAUAAAGAGCGGAGGAAAGAGAAGAAAACUCAUUCUUCAUCUCCACACAUUAAGGGGGAUGGGGCAGCCAAACCUGAGAAGGUUGGCCUCACGGAUGGGGACAAAGUUCAAGCCAGGCCUGAUGCCAAACAACGAGGCCCCACCUCCACCACCAACAGAGCCACGGCCGUCCGCGACAAACAACAGGACAAAUUAUCCGAGUCCUUGAACAACACCACCACGGAGGCACCCUCCACGCAGACGGUCAUGAGGGGAAAAUCCGGACAGGUGACCCUGAUACAGGGCGUCGUCGACGCUGACACCGUUUGCAAGGAAAAAGCCCAUUAUCAUACUUUAAACGGCUAUCGGGAACAAGUGCAGUAUCCCGUGGAGAACCGGGGUACUUGUGACCCAUCUGUUGACAAAAACAAGGACUAUCGAAUAUCGGAAGGAAAUGCUACGGAGGAGAUCCACCUCACGCCGGUCAACGGCGAACAGGAUCGUCCGUUCCUUUCCCAGAGCAGCGACAGCAAUCGUAUGUCCAUCAGUUCGGACACAGAGUUGCCGCCCCUUCACUAUUAUCCAUUAGCGGGUCGUGCUAACCCUUCCAUUAGCGAGGAGGAUGAGGUAUACCCCCCAACACCCCCUUGCAGGACUGUCAGUCUCAGUGACCCAGGGGACACUAGUAAGUGGACUGAAAGCCACAAGUCUAAAGCGGCGAAGGAGGACACAGGGACUUUAAAAACCGCCGCCGUCGGCACUGACGCCUCUGGGCUUACGUACGACUCUGUUAAGUACACCCUGGUGGUGGACGAGCACGCUAAGCUUGAGCUAGUGAGCAUCAAAGACUGCUACAAAGGUUACGAUAGCGAUAGCGAUAAUACCGUCUACGAGUCUGCCAUCGAUGAGGACGACGAGGAAGCAGAUGACGAAGGGUCGGGAGCGAGGGGCAUGAGGAGAGACACCUCCUGUCUGUCAGCAGACACGACCACGGACACCACCUCCGACAUGCCACGUUCUCGCAAGUUCAUGAAUGUGUUUGUGAAUAGACGGACGCGGUUCUCUGGUGCUGAGUUUGGACAUUUCUCGUGUGUUAUUAAUGGAGAGGAAAGAGAACAGAGUCACAGGGCAGUUUUCAGGUUUCAUCCUCGUCACGAGGACGAGUUAGAAUUGGAGACGGACGACCCCUUACUAGUAGAGGUUCAGGCUGAGGAUCUAUGGUGCGAGGCCUACAACAUGCGCACUGGAUCCAGAGGCAUCUUCCCUGCAUUCUAUGCUGUCAAGGUUACGAAAGACGAACACUUAAAAGAGGAUAAAGGUGAAUGGAUGGACAAAUUCUGGGUGAAAUUCCUCGGUUCCGUUCAAGUGCCGUACCACAAAGGGAACGAUGUGCUUUGUGCUGCUAUGCACAAGAUCGCGGCAAACAGAAGAAGAGUGCAGUUCAGCCCUCCCUCUCCGUGCAUUCUGGAAAUUAAUGCAAGAGGAGUGAAAAUUAUUGUUCAGGAUGACUGUCAGACAUCUGGAAGGGGUGAAAAGUGCUUUCACUAUUUUCAGUUGAAGAACAUCUCAUUUUGUGGAUGCCAUCCAAAGAACAACAAGUAUUUUGGCUUAAUAACAAAACAUCCAGGGUGCCAGAGAUUCGCCUGUCACGUUUUCUUUUCAGACGACACUACCACAAAGUUGGCCGAGUCUGUUGGAAAAGCUUUUCAUUACUUCUACAAACAAAAUGUGGAAUUUUCCUGUCCUACAGAAGACAUCUUCCUCGAGUGACCUUCCAGCUAUUUGUCUUUUUGCAUUAUCACAUACUAUAUGAGGUGUCGCAUGAUGGUGGUUUUAUGCCUCUUUGUAACGUGUCAUGUUGAUGAUAUAAUGUUGAUGUCUAUUUAAGACAAAUGUUCAAAUCAAACGAAACAGAUAUUGGCUACAGUGCAACUACAUUGACCUCGAGUAUUAAGGUGUAAAGCCUUACGACGUUAAGUAAUGUUCAGUGUGACUUGUACAAAUCUUUUAUCAGUUAAUGUGUUCAAAGCUUGGUUUUGAAUUUGUUCAAAGCACAAAGACAUCACAAAGAAAGGAGAGGGUUUGUCUUAAAACCAAAGCUGUACUUGAUAUAUUCUCUGGGACGGGUGGUUUAUCAAUCUGGAGUCUGUCUGGCAUGGGAUGUAAUCGUGCGCUGGGUUAAAAAUUUUGACCCGUGGUUAACUAAGAUUUAACCUGGGUUAUAAAGCCCUGUUCCAGAGAACUCAGGUGCCAAAGGUAUACAGUGGGAAUUACUAAUCCAGGGUCAAAUAUCCAAAUUAGAAAAACAAGGAACACUAUAGCCUGUGUUUAAAAUGGCCGAAAACAGUUUUAAGUGUAAAAAGCCCCCAAAUAACGUAAAUAUUGUAAUAAGGUCAUUUACACUGUUUGUCUUUGGUCAGAUGCACACGUCUAAUUAGGCAUCACGAAUACAAUAUGGCAUCCAUGCUUUCUUCCGUGAAUGCUUUUCGUUUAUGUAUUCAUUGUUUGUGUGUACACGUUUUCGGAUACGUUGCUCUGUUAAACAGGGCGCAGUCUGGGCCUAUUGCAUUCUUGUUGAAUCUCAGUACCCCUGAAGUAUGUAGCUGUGAAAACCAAAUAAGUUUAUUUUCUUUUUAAAUAUUAUAUCAGAUGUCUUAUUUAUAAUUAUCGCUAAACAGAAAGAAAUCUUGAAUUAUUUUGGCACCUGAAACAUGUAUAAGGAGAGAAUGAUACGCAACUAUACUGCAGAGCUACUGUCAUAAUGACAGAAUGCGGUCUAUAUAAUGGUGCUGAGGAAUAUGGCUGCCUGGUUAUGAAAAGUUUGUUUUUGUUUGUUUCCCUGAUAUUCCAAGAAGGAGCGUUUCAAAAUCAAGGCCUAAAAUGGACCCGUCUUCACCAAUCCUUUCAAAAUGGCACAACCGCACAGCAUGCGCUUUGAAGUAACUAAUAUGCAAUAUUCACACGAGCAGAAUCUUAUUAAAUGAAUAGCCGGACUGAAUCUGUAUUCUGUGAGACGGUGUUUAACUGUUUGCAAAACCGUUUCAGUAGGGACAGCCAUUUUGAAAGGUGGUCUUCAGUUGUUAGGACCAUUUGUGUCUGCAAAAAAAACUGAUCCUGCAAAUCACAAGUUGUGCCUAUUUCUUUUAUCGCUGUACAUUUGUUUCUCGAAUGAUCAUAACUGUUCUGUGGAACUCAUGAAAUUAAAUCCUAUUUGUAAAUGUA